AUGCAGCCACACAACUCAUCCAACAGCUUGCUCAGCGCUCCUGUCUCGACUGAAAACCUGAUUGCCAGUAGUGUUCUGGGAGUUUGCUUCAUACUGGGAGUCCCUGGUAAUAUUGCUGUAAUGGUGCGUCUUGCUGGAUGGCCGAAGAGAGGAAGCUUCACCCCUAGACUGAUGCUAAGCCUGGCUGUAUCAGAUCUACUCACUCUGAUUUCUCUGCCGGUUUGGAUUUGGGCUCUUCUGCAUGGCUGGGUGUUUGACUUGACCCUGUGUAAGCUUCUUUCCUAUAUGGUGUACUUAAGCCUCUACUGCAGCAUACUGUGUAUGAUUUUGAUGAGCAUGCAGAGAUACAUGCAAGUGCUGCAUCCUGAGAAAUGGAAUAAGAUUGGCAGAAAAGGAAAGAAGAUCCUACUGAGUGGGAUGUGGAUGUUAAGUGCAGUUUUAUCAUGCUAUGCUCUCGUACAGCGCACUCUAAGCUUGGACAGUGAAGGACGAUUUCAGUGCAACCUAAGAUAUCAGAAUAAUCUUGAAAGAGUGUCUUCUUUAAUCUGGGAGAUUAUACUAUUUGUGGUUUCAUUCACCAUAAUAGCUUAUUUCUACUUUAACCUUUACCAGGGGGUUAAUAACUCAGCUUUCUUUAGCAGUAUCUCAUUGACAAAGAUGGUGACCAGAAUUGUGGUUUGUUUCUUCAUUUUUUGGAUCCCAGUUAAAAUCUCCAACAUUGUGAUCAUCGUUGCUGCACUGCUUGGGAAUGACGGAAUCUGGAGACAAUGUCACCGCAGCUCUGACUUUCAUUAA